UUCCGUUAUUGUCAUUGUGAAGUGAACAUCAAAUAACUUGUUGUGUUGUGUUGUGAAUAUGGUUGUGAAUGUGAACGGUGUUCAAUAUUAUUGUUAAUAUAUAUUACGGGCAGGGUUGUUGGGUGUAAAAACAUGGUUAUUUAUAAAUUCGUUUUUAAAUGGUUUAUGAAGAUUUAAUUUGAGCGACUAGGCCUUAAUGCAAAGACUAAAACGUUUUUUCAAAAGGAAGUACACAGGUAAUAAACAAAGGUUUUGGAACGCGCCACUGCCAAGCAUGCAUGUUAUUCCUGGGGAUGAUCUUUGCGUAUUCGAUGAGGGUAAACCUUUCGGUAGGGAUUGUGGCGAUGACGGCAAAGAAAUCUUCAAACACAGGCUUCCCGAUACUCCCGUGGGACAAUGCCCUCCAAGGGAUCAUUCUGGGGUCGUUCUUCUGGGGUUAUAUGAUGACACAGAUCCCGGCCGGCCAGCUGGCACGGAGAUUUGGCCCUAAGUAUCUCCUUGCCGGUGCCAUGUUGUUAUGUAGCGUCUCCACCAUUCUUAGUCCAUACAUUGCCACCAACUACAGCUGGGUUUUUUUCUGCUUCACCCGGGUCCUUCAGGGUCUCUCGCAGGGAUUUCUCUAUCCUUCAAUCAACACUCAUAUGGCAAAGUGGGCUCCGCCAUUGGAGAGAAGCAGAAUAUUCUCAUUUGUUUUUGGAGGUACCCAGUUUGGCACAGUGGUCACACUGUUUGUGGCAGGCUACCUAGCAGCUGGGCCUUACGGGUGGCCAAGCAUCUUCUAUGUGACGGGUCUGUGUAGCGGACUGUGGGCCAUAGCUUGGCUCUUCGUUGGAGCAGAUUGUCCUGACUCUCACAUCUCUAUCUCAGAGGAGGAGAGGAUCUACAUCAAGUCUACUCUCGUCAGCAACUCCGACAAGAGCAGUGCUCUGCCGACACCUUGGAAGGAUAUUGUUACUUCUGUGCCGAUGUGGGCGUUACUCAUUGCUCACCUGGGCCAGAACUGGGGCUUCUGGAUGUUACUCACCAUGAUGCCGAGCUACAUGAGUCAUGUGCUCGGGUUUGACAUUAAAAGUAAUGGACUGAUCUCUUCCCUCCCCUACAUGAUGAUGUGGGCUCUCACUCUUAUCUUCUCCUGGGUCGCUGACUACAUUAAUGAGAAGAGGAUCCUGUCUCUCAGUGUGUCUAGGAAAAUGUGGAACACAAUUGCCCACUGGGGUGGUGCGAUAGCCUUACUAGGACUUUCAUUCAUCUCUAGUGUGUUUGGCGCAGUGGCAUUACUGACCGUGUCUGUAGCCCUCAAUGCAGGAGUCUACAUGGGCUUCCUCACCAACCAUCUCGAUCUUUCACCCAACUUUGCUGGACUUCUGAUGGGGAUCACUAACGGACUGGCUAAUGUCACGUCUAUCCUGGGACCAAUGAUUACAGGCUUUAUUGUGUCUGAUGAGACAAGCAAAGAGCAGUGGCUGAUUGCCUUCUACUUGGCAGCACUCGUAUUUUUCAUUGGCAAUUUGGUAUUCAUCAUAUUUGGGUCAACUGAAGUUCAACCAUGGAAUGAACCUAAGCAGGACCAAGCUAAACAUGAAAAACAGAUUGUAUGAUAAAAGUGUGGCGGUUGCAGCCCUGAAGAUCUGAGAAAGUCAGGAUGAAAAUGGCAUCUACCUUAUAGACUUUACCACUAUGUGAUACAGGUUUUUAUUGAAAUAUUCCACAUGUAGCAAAAUCAAACGAGAUGGUAUUGAACACUUUUUGAAGUUUUAGUAUUCAAUAGCUCCUAAUUUUGUUUUUGCAUUGUAAAAUUUCUAAACAUUUCUAAGACUUUUGAUAAAAAAAUGUAUAAGUUAUAAAAAACAAUAAUAAUUUGUGAUUAAUUACUUUUAUAAGUAAUUGUACAGUUAGUUAUAAGUGUUAAAUAUUUAAAAGUAUAUGUAACAAAGAGCAGAUUUGUGCAAACAAUAUAUUUUGAUACAUGUAUUGUUUUUAAGUAUUUCAAUUUAUUCUUCACAGGGUGAUAUGUCGGUACCUUAAGGCAAUUUUAGGUACCACCGAUUCUUGGGAAAGAUGCCCGUACCAAAAACCAGAAAAAAAUGUCAGUCUAUUGAAGGCCCAGAAUGGUCAAAAGGAAGGCUCUGCACAGUGGCAUUUCUUUACAAAGCUUUCCAUUUUACUUGGUUUUCAAUUUUAGUUUAUAAUGUGAGAACGGCAAAAGUUUCUCAAAAUAAGAUGACUAUUUUGUAUGUAACCAACAUAUUUUUGCUACAUCAAAAUAUAUUUUUGUAUAACUCACUUAUAAAGAAUAAGUACCCAUUAAGGUACCAAUAGUCAGUAAAAAAGCUAGUACUUAUAAUGUCCAAACCCUGGAACCUCCAAUAGGUCAUUUGAUCACCGCCGUUCUGUCGCACCAUUGUUGAAAUCAGAUAAAAAUGGAUUGGUAAUUUAUUUUUCAUACUAUAUUCAUCGUAAUCAAUUGACUGUCUUAUAUUAAUCAUAGAUGUAAAUUUAAUGUUGUGCUAUCAAGCCAACUUGCUAGUAUACAUAUUUUGUGUUGGCAUGAUUAAAAUCUUGUUUUCUUUGUCUGCUGACUUAACAAUUCUUAAACAUUAUAGUUUAUUUAUCCCAGUCAGCUGACGAUUCAUUUUAUGAACAAACAAAUUAAUAUUCAGAUUUUAUGUUGAAUUCAUAAAAAAAUACUCAAUUCCAAGAAGUAGGUAAGGUUUCCUUAAUAAAUCCUGGCCUAAUACGGCGUCAUUAUCAUGCAGUUAGUAGCACAAUCUACAACCACAAAACUUUAGAUUUUUUGUAUAGACAUAAUAGUUAACCUGUAUCAUUAUCAAAGAACCGUUUUAUCUAGUGAAAAUUGAACAUCAAAGGGGGGGGGGGGUUAGCUCUGUGGAUCUGCUACUGGCGCUUUGUAAAUAAUAUAUUUUAUUCAUUUUUAAAUUAACUAUGAAAACUGCGGGAAAAUACAAAGAAAUAUCUACAAGGCAGUUCCAGGGUAGAAAUGUUCAUUUAAUUUUGCACAAAAGGUUAAAGGAUGUUGUAAAUGUAAGCGAAUCAGUUUAGUAAUAGUAGUUUACGCAAUGAUCGGGUAAAGAUAGUGUUAACGUUUCAACUAGAAAUUUCAUGUACGAGCCUUGCCGAGUGCCUAAAAAACUUCUACGAGUGUUGUUAGGAGUUAAGACUAUUUACACGAGUGGUGUACACUACUUUACCUACGACCGUUUUACUUUCUCCCCCUAUACCAUACGAUAUAUUGUUUUUGUCAAUAUUUUCGAGUUUGAGUUUUGAGUGGAUAUAUCCGUUUUGGAUCCCCCUGGACCCAAAAAAGUGGUUUUCGAAGUGACAGUGUGUGUGUCUGUCUGUAUGUGUUGAUGUGUACAGAGCUAAGGCCAUACCUCUGUGGUCCGAUUUUGAUUAAAUUUGGUAUGUAGGUACUAAUCUAUGGUAUCUCCAAUCAUUUUUUUUUUUAAUUUUGAUUUUUAAUGGUGAUUUCCCCAUAAAAUCCCUUAAAAUAACAGAAACAUUUAAUUUUCUCGGAAAUAGCCUGAAUGAUUUUGAUCAUAAUUUAGUAUGUUAUAGCCCUUUGAAUUCUGAACAAAACGGUUUACGGUAAUUCCCAUUGCUGUAUAAAUUACAGUUCUAAAGUUAUUGUAACUAAGUUAUUGUUAUUUUCCCAUAAAAAACCAAAAAAAUUAAUUUUUGAAAAAAGCCUGUUUUGAUUGAAAUUAGUAUGUUAUGGUCCUUAUAAUUCCAAACAAAAUAGUGCAAGCCCUCAUUGCUCUAAAAGUAACAAUUCAAAAAAUCAAAAGUUAUCGCAACUUUUGUGGUGUUCCCUAUUAAAUAUCAUAGUUGCUCCCACUGCUUAUACCCAUGAUAAAGGUUCUUGACAAGCUAAUGGGAGAAAGUAUGCGUCAGAUUGCUGACACCGUUUGUUUUAAUUAUUAAGAAUCACUACUCAUAACAUUGUACCAACCACUAUUUGCACCACUUAUUAACAAUUAAAUUGGUCUAAACAGCUGAUUAGUUGAAGUUCAAGCAUUGCAAUUUUACUUCUUUUCUCUCAAUUCUUGAAUCUCAUCUUAACUCAUUGGUCUCAUUGGUACUUAACUUGUGUUGUUGUUAAGUAAAACAAUGCUGUUAAAUGAAUCUUUUCAAUUCUAAGAACUGAAGUGAAAUGGACUUUUUAAUAAACGGUCGUAGGUAAAAUUAAAUAAUCUAAUGGGAUAUAAUUUUGUUAAUGGAUAUGAUUGAUAAAUUAAGUUUAUUUAGCAAUACGUUUCACAAUUUAUUUUUCAUUUUUCAUUUUGACUAGUAAACAUAUUUUGUUUUAAGAAAAUAAUACAAAUUAAAAGUGUGCCAAAUUGUUUUAGAAAGAUGGGAUUUAGUUUUCAAUUGCUUGUUUUUUUUUCAGUUAGCCUUACAAAUUUUUUCAACAUUUACCUUCAUUCCUCUUAUUAUAAAGACAAUAAAAUUAGGUUUAAUAAGGUUUUUUUAUUAAAACUGUAUUUUUUUAUUGUUAUUUUAGUAUUAUCGUUUAAUAUUAGAUAUUUUAUGUAAUG